AUGGAUAAGAUAGUGGAGAACUUUCAGGAGCUAAUAACCAGUUAUGAUGAACGCCUUAAACAAAUCUCUAAGCGAAAAGAAAAUCAAUUCUUUAUUGCUUAUGGACCAUCAAAUGACUCGCUUCUUUUGUAUCGACAAUUACAAAGAUUAGAAGAUCAGAGGAAGUUAUUCACGUCUUUAUUCGAAGAUUAUAAACAAUUAAAGGAGGAGCAAGGACGGGCAACAGAUUCUCAUGAUGAAUGCCAUAACAUCUUUCAGAUCUUCGCAGAAAGGUUAGCUGCUCUAUCUGACGAAACAAGCUCCAAGGCUAGAGAAAUAAUUCAACGCUUUUGCCGUCAAACUGUAACUGAAUCAGCAACAAAGAAAAAUGCAUUAAUAAAUGAAAUAGAUAAUAAAUGUAAAGAAAAAUGUAAGCGUAGUAAAAAGUUAUUCGUAGCAGUUAGUCAGGAGGAAUUUCUUUCUGUUUCGCCACUUGUACGUGGUCGUUUGAAGGUGGACGAAAUAAACAAGGUAUAUAGAGUAAUUUUCGAUCAUCUCUCCAAAUGUAAACCAAGCAGCGCCUCAUUGACGGUUAAAGAAAUUGAAAGCUUAGGGUUAAGAGUAAGCGGAGCAACUGGAGCCGCAAAGCUUAAGGUCUUGCGUGCUCUAAAAAUAGUGACCUUUAAUAAUCAUGGUCCUGUCAAACUUGUUACUGGCUAA